GGGUAAGCCAAUCAGAGGGCAGAAUAAGGCAAAAAUAAGGCGGGCCACGAGGCACGUCCUGUGACGUCUAGUGGAUACAAUCUAGCAUCGACCAGUCAGCGGGUUGUGUCCAGAUGGUAAACCAUUGAAAUAGACAACAUCAGCAGAAGCUGUGGAAGAGCAUGAGGGCUGAAACGUGCUGAUGGGAAGAAAAUAAUUUCAAGGACGUGAAAUGAGUUCUUCAGAAGAGUUGAAACAGACGGACAGCGACAGGAGCCGACCUCAUCAGUGUCAGGAAUGUGGGAAAUGUUUCAGUCGGUUCUGCAGUCUGAGAAGACAUGAGCUCACUCACUCUGCAGAGAAACUGUUCGACUGUGAACAAUGUGACCGCAGUUUCAGCCAACUAAAGCAAUACAAGCUCCACCUGCACAGCCACACUGAAGACAAAGCAUCUUGCUGUGAACAGUGUGGGAGGCACUUCAGCAACCAGAGUUCAUACAAGAAGCAUCUGCGGGACCACGCCGGCCCCUACCAGUGUGACCAGUGUGAAAAGACUUUCAGUUACUUCAGUAUCUACAAGAUCCACUUGCGUGUCCACACUAAAGAGAAGCCAUAUUGCUGCGACCAGUGUCCCAAGAGCUUUAGUUUUUUAAGUUCGUACAAGCGACACCAGCUGAGCCACAGCGGAGAGAAGCCGUACCAGUGUGACUUCUGUGGAAAGAGUUUUACUCAGUCAGGCCAUUUCAGUCUGCAUCUGCGCAACCACACUGGAGAAAAACCGUUUGAGUGUGGCCAAUGUGCAAAGUGUUUCAGUGACUUAAGUAGUUACAAGAUCCACCUGCGUGUCCACUCAGGAGAGAAACCAUACCGCUGUAACCAGUGUGGAAGGAGCUUCUCUCAGUUGGGCAAUUACAAAUCACAUUUGCGUAUUCACACCGGGGAAAAACCAUUCCGCUGUGAACUCUGUGAGAAAAGCUUCUCCAUUUCAAAAACGUACAAACAGCAUGUGCGUACCCACACCGGAGAGAAACCGCACCAGUGUAAAGACUGUGGGAAAGGUUUUGGUCGCCUUAGUAACUACAUGCGUCACCUUCGAAUCCACACUGGAGAGCAGCCAUUCAGCUGUGACCAAUGCGGGAAGUGUUUUAACAGUUCCUAUAGUUACAGCCGACACCUGCGUGUGCACACUGGAGAGAAACCUUACUGGUGUUCACAAUGUAAGAGACUGUUCACCCGGUCCCAGUCCUUAAAGAAACACCGCUGUGUUGCAAUAGAUGAAGAAGCACCACUGAGCUGCUCACCAACAGCAGCAACAAACGACGACGACCAACAACAACCAACAAAAUAAACGUGUGUGUGUGUGUGUGUUAAAGCUGUCAGUCUUCCUCUUUAAUACCAUUCGAAUUUCAUUUAUUUUUUUAAAUGUUUGAAUAAUAUUCGAAUAUUUAAUGUUCAUAUGCAGCCUGUUGUAAAUACGUACUACACUACUCAGGCUUAUGCAUUGUCAAUGCCACUAUAAACAUGUGGUUGUUGUUAAAUGUUCUGUCCACUAGAGGGAUUUCCAACAUCAGCCUGGCCCUCAAGGGUCAUGGCACACUGCUCUCAGUUUACAUUAUUUUCCACCACGCACACAGCGACAAACACAAAUCAACAUAGAACUCUGUAAUGAAACAUUAUCUAACAAGUGUAUUGAAGUGGCUCUGUUGUAAAGGCUAACAGUGUUUGCUUAGCACAAUGACAUGUUAGAAAUUCUAAUGGCAUUCAUAACUAAGCCAAACAGUGCUGUCAUUACUAUUUUAGUUAUUUAAAAGCAACCUGUUUCUUGCAGAUUGUCACGUUACUGAGAAUCCAGCUGUUAGAAGGUAAUAUAUGAAGUCGAAGCUAACUCUGACAGCUGUAGGGCAGCUAACAUAAUCUUUAGCUUUCUCCAUGGAGCUCCCAGCUAAGCUCCUAUAACUCGCGACGCAGUUAGGAAACCAGAACGAGCUAACUAUU